CGAAUUUAUGUACAUUGUGAUACAAAAAUUACUACAAAACAACUCUCUGUUAUGUUUUCUAUCUUUAUGGGUUCCUCAAAAAAUCAAUCUUCGGUUUUUCUUUUUUAUUAAAUUAAAAUUAAAUGGUUUCAUUUCGUCACUUGUUUGAUCUCCUUUUCUGUACGAUUAAUCUUAUUUUCUCUGCCUUAACGUUCAUUUCCUUUUUCAUUCAUCUAUCAAUUAGCUAAAACGAAACUCUCUUCUUCUUCUUCUUCUUCUUCUUCUUUUCUUUUCAAAGCUCCUGUUUUUUCUCACUUUCUUGGGAAAGUAAUGUUAUUCCCUCCUCCUCUCAAUAACUUCUCUUUUUUACGCCCCUUUUCUUUUAGAUUUCUUGAUUUUGUAUUUUAUUAAUCUCGUUCAGAGUUCGAUCAUGUCAAAAACAAGCGUUGACCUUGUAUUUUGAUCGUCAAAACCCUAUCAAAACAGCCUUGACCACACAAAAAGUUUGGGUUUUGGGGUCAAGGUUUGUUGAUUCUUGACGUUUAGAAAUCUGGGUUGGUGUUAUUUUGGUUAAAUAUGUUUUUUUGAUUGAUAGAAUUGGGUUUUUUUAGCUUUGCUUUUCUUUCUUUUUUAGGAUUGUGGGUGUAUAUUUAGUAGUCAAUGGACAAGCAUGUUAAUAAGGAUGCUAAUGGAUUAAAAAACGAGCCUUUAAUUAUGACUCUAGACUCUCCAAAAGCUGAGGAGGAUGUUGAAGGGAAUGGAGAAGAUUAUAGUGAGUUCAAGGCUUUGUUGCCUCCUAGGAAAGGUGGGAUGUCAAGAAAUUCAGACAAAGUCAGGAGAAAAGUUCAGUGGAAUGAUAAUAAUGGGAAUAAGCUGGUGGAGGUUUUAGAAUUCGAACCCAGCGACGUUAGUGAUUCUGACGAAGAGGAUACAGAUUCCUGCUUAUGUACGAUAAUGUAGAUAUGUCAGUACAUCAAUUUGUAGAUAUCUGCUGGACAAGCUAGAAGGGCAUUCUUUCCAGCUACGGCAUGAUAAUUGUGUGAAGGACUGGUUUCAACUUCUUGUUGUAAUUGAGGCACCUGCAAUCCCUGUCAACAUUUUGGCGCUGCUUGCCGAAGGGAAAUAUAAUUAGAGCUCUUAGAUGGUUUUUGUGGUGAGAUUUCAAACAAGCAGCUUCAUAUUGGUGGGACCUCAUCCUGGGAAAUGAAGCAGACUGAAAUAACGAUGAUCAAGCUUACACCAUGUGGCAUAGGAUAUCAAGUAAAACUGAACAUUUUUGCUUUUCCACAUGAUUAUAUAUGAAGAGAUGAACAAAGCUCAGAUUAUUUUCAAUGACGAUUUCAUGAAGUUUCAUUUA